GGGGUUGCUGCGAGUGCCGCCCGCGAGACCGCUGCCAUGCGCUCCGGCGGGGAGAGGCGGUCAACACGGCAGAGUCCCACAGCCUCUGCUGCCCCGUGCAGCAGCAGCAGCAUCAGGAGCAGCCGUAGCAGAGCCCGCGGGCGCUCCGCUGUGCGUGGCGCGGGCGAAGGGGCAGGGGGGACGGUCCAGCGAACGAGCGAGCGAGGCGAGCCCGACCGCCAGAGGCAAGCUGCACAGAGGGGGCAUUAUUGUGUGAGCACCCUGCGCUUCAUUUCCCAGCCACCUUGAAAAGGAAAUGAGAUGAUGCUCCUUGCUGUGCUGUAGCUUCCCUGCGCCACAACGAACCUCGUGGCUCUUCCCCUCCCGGCAAAGUCGUUCACCGAGUGGCCUGGUGGGAGCCCGGUGUGGCGGAGGCUCGCGGCAUGCCGACAGGGCCGCUCCCGCGGUUCUGGCCCGUCCGCGUGCGGCUCGGGGUCCUCGGUCUCACCGCCUGCGUCGUCUCCACCGUCCUGCUGCUCGUCCUCAUGGACGACGACGAGCUGUCGGGAUUCGGCGAGAAUGACCAACAGCACUUCGCCAAGCAGGUCCUCUUGCAGCAGCUACAUUCUGCCAGCAAUGAGAUCUCCUUCCGCAAUCUGACCAACAUGGACAUGCCGCUGAACGUGACGUAUUACCACCUGGCCGGCUUCCUGCUGAACAAAAAAAAGUACCUGACGAUCGGCAUCUCGUCGGUGAAGAGGGCGAGGGGCAACUACCUGCUGCAGACGCUCAAGUCGAUCUUCGAGCAGUCGAGCGACGAGGAGCUCGCGGACAUGGUGAUCGUCGUGCACCUCGCCGACUUCGACACGGAGUGGUGCGAGGGCACGGCGCGCGCCGUCGCCCGCAAGUUCUCGCAGCACGUCAUGCGGGGCCGCCUGGUGGUCAUCCACGCCCCGCGGCACACCUACCCGCCGCUGCAGGGCCUCAAGAGGAACUUCGACGACCCCGACGAUAGGGUGACCUUCCGCUCCAAGCAGAACGUCGACUACGCCUUCCUCACCAACUUCUGCGCUAACCUGUCGGAGAACUACCUGAUGCUGGAGGACGACGUGGCGUGCUCGCGCAACUUCCUUACCUACGUGCGCAAGUUCGUGUCCUCGCUCGAGGGCCAGCCCUGGGCCACGCUCGAGUUCUCCAAGCUGGGCUACAUCGGCAAGCUGUACCGCUCGUGCGACCUGCCCCGCCUCGCCCGCUUCCUGCUCAUGUUCUACCAGGAGAUGCCGUGCGACUGGCUCCUCAACCACUUCCGCACGCUGUUGGCGCAGGGCGACGCCAUCCGCUUCAAGCCGUCGCUCUUCCAGCACAUGGGGUACUACUCGUCCUUCCGGGGCACGGCCAACAAGCUCAAGGACGACGACUUCGAGGACGAGCCGUCCGACGUGCCCGACAACCCGCCCGCCCUCCUCAGGACCAACAUCGAGGUGUUCGAGGCCUACCACCCGUACAAGGCCUACGGCCUGGGCGGCGAGUACUUCUGGGGGAAGGCGCCGAGCGCCGGCAAGUUCUUCCUGCUCGUCUUCAAGAAGGCGGCGAAGAUCGAGAGGAUCAAGGUGCGCACGGGAACGGAGGACAGGAAAGGGGACGUGCUACGUCACGCCGCGCUGGCCGUGGGGGACGGCCUGAAGCCCACGUCCACGGGGAGAGACUGCAGCAACUACGUGCCACUCGGGGAGUUCGCCGACGGGCAGUUCGACUUGGCGGGCGUAUCGACAUUGGUGACGAUGGACGUAAACUGCCUGCUCAUUAGAGUAGUGAAGGAACAGACCGAAUGGGUCAUUAUACAAAACAUUGGCGUUUGGACCGUGUAAAUCAGCGCUCUGUUUGAAAAAAAACAGUUUUUUUUUUUUACUGCGCACGAAAUCAAACCGCUCGGUAUUUUUGUGCUGCAUAUUUUUUUACGUCCUUUUUUUCUUUCCACAUUAAAAUCGACAAUGUCAAACUACCGUUUACAUUUUCGUUUUAAAAUGCCUAUUGUGAUUUGUGUGGGUUCAGGUAAAAUAUUAGUUACAAUUACCAGCACUAUGACAAUGUUUUAAAUUUUGGUUUGUUCUUUUAAUCGUUCCCGCACAGGAAUCGUUGACAAAAUAAACAAAACACCUUGUA